GGAAGUUGUCAGCAUGCCCAAGAGGAAGAGGUUACCGGAGGACAGAGAAGACGACGGGAAACGCAGGAAGCAGAGCAUGGAUCUGCCCGAGAUGCUGCAGUCGCUGUACAGUGCCUUGCAGAACUGCAAAGCCGAAGACGGGCACCUGCUCUGCGAAAGCUUCCUCAAAGCCCCCCGAAAAAGGAGCCAGGUGGACUACCACGAGGUUGUGACCAACCCAAUGGACAUGCUGCGUAUCCACCAGAAGAUCAAGACGGAGGAGUACGCCCACGUGGACCAGAUGGCCAGCGACGUGGAGCUCAUGGUGGCCAACACCAAGGCCUACUACAAGGAAGAUUCGCAGGAAUGCAAGGACGCAGAGGGUCUCUGGCAGGCGUUUGACUCUGCCAGGCAGGCGCUCCUCACCAUCAGGGACGACGACGACGACGACAUGGACCCGCAGACCCCAUGUCCCGGGGGGGAGUCGUCGGACGAAGAGCACUACGAGGAGCUCUUCACCGCGGUGAUGAUGGCCACGGACUCGGAGGGCCGGUGCGUCAGCUCCAUGUUCCAGCUGCUCCCGUCUAGGGUGCUGUAUCCAGAGUACUAUCGGAUCAUCAGCGAGCCCGUGGAUCUCAAGAUGAUCGCCACGCGCAUCCAGGACGGGUCGUAUGCAUCCUUGGCAGAACUUGAGAAGGAUCUCAUGCUUCUGGUGAAGAACGCCAAAACCUUCAACGAGCCGGGGUCCCUCAUCUACAAGGACGCCACGGCACUCAAGAAGGUGAUCCGCAUCAAGAAGGCCGAGAUCGACCAGCGGAGAAACGCUCCCGGGAAAUGCAGCGAGCGGAUACGUUCCAGGCGGCUGCAGACGAGCCAGAAGCUGUCGGCCAUCACGGCCGCGCUCAAGUACGAGGAUGCGGACCCCAUGGAGGGGCUGGGGCCCCCCCCGGCUCCGAGCCCCCCCGUGGCCCCCAGCCCCCCCGUGGCGGCGGCCAGCCCACCCCCCAGCGUCGGGGACGAGAGCGACAACGACUCGGGCACCGAGGACCCUGUCAACAGCCCCGCCUGGCAGCUGCUCGAGGCAGUCAGGAGCUACCAGCACCAGGGCUACUUCCUGUCUGAGCCCUUCGUCAAGCUGCCUUCCAAAAAGCUUUACCCCGACUACUUCAGGGAGAUCAAGCAGCCCAUCUCGCUCAACAAGAUUGCGGCCAAAAUCAAGACGGAGGCCUACGCGAGCACCAUGGAGGCAGUGGACGACCUGAACCUGCUGUUCGAGAACGCCAAGCGCUACAACCGGCCUGACUCAAAGAUCUUCAAGGACGCCGUGCGGCUUCAGAAAGUGAUGCAGACCAAAGCACGAGACCUCAUCAACUACCAGAUCAAGGUGACGACCUCCAUCGCGGACUCCGACAGCGACGGGGGUCAGGAGGCGGAGUCCCGGCGCAGGGGCCCCAAGAAGGGCAGUCCCCGAGGACGGCCGCCCCUCUCCACGCCGGGGGAGCUCAAGAAGCGUUUGAAGCUACUCAUACGCUCCCUGCUCAACCACACGGACGAGAUGGGGCGUCCCCUCAUCUCCAUCUUCAUGGAGAAGCCCCUGCGCAAGGACUACCCUGACUACUACGAGAUCAUCAGCAACCCCAUCGACAUGCGCACCAUAGAUGAGAACGUCAAGGCCAACCGGUAUGCGUCGGAGGAGGCCAUGCUGGCCGACCUGCGUCUGAUGUUCGCCAACUGCCGGCUGUACAACGAGGAGGGCUCCCAGAUUUACCGGGACGCAGACACCUUGGAGAGGGCGCUGCACGACAAGCUGCGCGAGCUGGGACCCCUGUACGACUCUCGAGCCUCACGCACCAUGCCCCGCCGGAACAAGAGCCGCAACCACAAGCUGCGCGUCCUCUACGACACCAUCAAGGAGUACACCGACCCCAAGGGACGCAAGCUGUCCACCAUCUUUAUGAAGCUUCCUUCCCGAGCGGAAUACCCGGACUACUACGAAGUGAUCAAGAAGCCCAUCGACAUGGAGCGCAUAGCGACUCGCCUGCUCAAGUACAACCAGUACGACUCGAUGGACGACCUGCUGGCGGACUUUGUGCUGCUGUUUGACAACGCCUGCAAGUACAACGAGCCAGACUCGCAGAUCUACAAGGACGCGCUGAUCCUGCAGAGGAUAGCCCUGCAGACCAAGAUGGAGCUGAGCAGCGAGGACCUGGAGGACGGAGGGGUGCCCGACGUCCGGGGCCUGGUGCAGGAGCUGCUCACCAACCUCUUCAUCUCCGUCUACAACCACCAGGACGAGGAAGGCCGCUGCUACAGUGAUUCCCUGGUUGAGCUGUCGGAGUCUGAUGAGUCGAGCCAGCAACCGCCAGCCAUGGGCGACGAAGACAGGAAAUCUCCCCUAUCACUGGACUUGAUCAAGCGCAAGCUGGACAAGGGCUGCUACCUGCGCCUGGAUCGCUUCCAAGAGGAGAUGUUUGAGGUGUUCGAGCGGGCGCGGCGGGUGUCCCGCACCGACUCCCAGGCCUUCGAAGACUCCGUUGAGCUGCAGUCGUACUUCAUCCGUCUGCGCGACGAGCUGUGCAGCCAGGGGGAGGUGCUCCAGAGCCCCGCACUGAACUUCGGCCAGUCGGACCUCACCCAGAACGUAGACACGAUGCGAGCCCAGAAGCUUCCGCUGGAGCAGCAGGAGGCCGCCGCCGAGGCCGACGCGGAGCGCUCGUCGCGGGGAUCGCCCAAGUGCCAAGCUGCGAAGACAAAUUCCAGUUUUGACCUCGCCAGCAAAAAGGAAAGAGAGGAAGACAAGGGCCAGGAGAUGUCUUCCUCGGAGAGCACGGAGCACAGGGGCAUCGUGAUUCGCGUAGGGGACUUCGUUUAUGUUGAGCCCCGGGAGAAGGGCAUGCAGCCGCACAUCACCAACGUGGACCGGCUGUGGCGGGACAAGAACGGGGACCAGUGGCUCUACGGCUGCUGGUUCUACCGCCCCAACGAGACCUUCCACCUUGCCUCCAGGAAGUUCCUCCAGAAGGAGGUGUUCAAAAGCGACAACUACAACUCCACCCCGGUGAACCAGGUGCUUGGAAAGUGCUACGUCAUGCCCGUCCGGGACUACUUCAAGAGCAGGCCGGAGGGCUUUGAAGACAAGGAUGUGUAUGUGUGCGAGUCCCGCUAUUCUGCCAAGGCCAAGGCCUUCAAGAAAAUCAAGAUCUGGAACUUCUUCCCCAACGAACAUACGGAGCUGCUACCUCGGGAAGAAGUGCUCUCGCCGAUUCGGGUGCCCUCCGUGUUCAAAGAGGGUGCGGAGCGCACCGGCAGCGGCGACGCCUUUGGCCUGGGGCUCCAGGACGAAUUUGCGGUGGUGGAACGACCGCGCCCGAAUGUGUCUCUGCCGGCUCCAGGCGACGAGGAAGGCGUCACCUACUACGAGCAGCUCAACCUCCCCUCUGGAGUCUUCAAGCUGGGCGACUGCUGCUACGUCCGCACAGAGCACUCCAAAACCCUGAUCGGCCGAAUCGACAAGAUGUGGAUGGACCGAGAGGGUAACGGGUUCUACCACGGGCCCUGGUUCGUGCUCCCCGGGGAGAUCCAGCACCCGGCGUCACGCGUCUUCUACCGCCAGGAGGUGCUGCUCAGCUCUAUCGAGGACACCAACCCCCUGCUGAGCAUCAUGGGCCGCUGCUGCGUGCUGGACUCCAAGGACUACUCCGCAGGUCGACCUACCGAGGUGAACGAGGCGGACGUGUACAUCUGUGAGUCCCGGUACAUGGAGGCGGAGCGUCAGAUACGCAAACUGCCCAAGGGCCUCAAGAAGUUCUCCCACUCGGAUGCGGUGACGCCGGACGAGGUGUAUUACUUCAAGAACCCCAUUGCGCCCCAGAAGAGCGAGGCGAGCCUGUCGGACACCGGGGACGCCCAGCCAACGGCGGACGAGAUGUCCCCGAUGCUGUCCCGCAUCGCCUCCGAGACGGACAACGAAGAGUCCAACGACGUCCCAGGUUCCUCCCUCGCGCGGGAGGACAGCAACCUGUCCUCGGCCUCGGGCAAAAAGAGGAGCUCCAAACGUGUGGUGACGGGUUACCUGCUGUUUUCGAGUGAGAUCCGCAAGUCGAUAGUGCAGUCGAAUCCGGACCGCUCGUUUGGAGACAUCAGCCGCCUGGUGGGCAACGAGUGGCGCAACCUGCAGGGCCCCCAGAAGGCGGACUACGAGGAGCGAGCCCUGCGGCUGAGCAGCGAGGACACGGGGGACAGCAGCCUGCCCCAGAGCCCCGCCUCAUCGGCCCACGGGGAGGGCAGUCGGGACGGGGUCCCGCCCCCGGGGGGACGGCCGGGUGGCCCCGCCCCCGGCGACUUUGCCACCCUCUCGACCACAGUGUACGAGUGCCUGUGGGACGGCUGUGACGCUCAGUUUGACUGCCAGCAGGACCUUGUGGACCACCUGGCCCAGGACCCCAACGGACAAGUGUACCAGUCCUACUUGGGAUUCAAGGCAAACAAAGACAGCAAUGAGUUCCAGUGCCUGUGGCUGAACUGCCCCAGAGUCAAGAAGAGCAUCCCGCCGUUCCCCAACAUUCAGAAGCUGCUGCGUCACGUGAGGGAGGUCCACGUCAAGGUCGCCGGGCGUAUUGUCAUGCCGGACGUCAAGCACAGGUCUGUUCCCAAGAAAAGCCAGAGCACACCCACAGUUCCGCCAGUGGUGGGGCCACCCCUCAUCCCUCAGCAACCCUUGCACCACCAUUUCGCACCCCCGUUGCACCCCGUGGGCACGCCCCAGCUGCCCCACGGCGUCCCGCAACACCCCCACGGUUUGCCGCAACACCCCUACGGCUCCCUUGGACAGCACUGCCCGCCGCCGUGGCCGCCGGGUGCGGUGCCCCCGGCAGUGCCCGAACGAACGCUGGAACCCAUCUUCGUGGCGCCUCCCCCCCACCCGCACAAGCUGCUUCACACGUACGCGUACAUCCGGUACAUAGAGCAGCUGCAGCCCGAGGCCCGCCACGUCAGCCCAUGGGACGCCCAGCUGAAGGCAACCAAGGAGAACACGACGGUGUACGACCCCUCCCGCCUGCCGGCGCACUGGCUGGGCAACGGGGUGGCCAGCCACGGCAACGCCCUCAACGCCCUCUGGGCCCUCAGGGACUUCAUGCUCAGGGACGCCUUGGGCAUCGCCCGCAUCUCCUGAGCGUCUUGCCCGCGUCUCGAGACGCUUCCGCGUGCGUCCGUUGUGAUUGUUUUGGAAAGUCACGUCGCGCGACGGGCUCGCGCCCGCUGCUCUUUUGUUGCGUUUGGGACGGACGUCCGAAGGGGCCGUGCACACGUGCCGCGCGGUCGCCCGCGGGCUACGACGUUUUGACUUUGACGAGCUCCCGGCCUCGACGUUGCCUCGGUGGUAGAGUCGUCGGAAGAUACGGAUAAUGGCGAGUUUUAGAGUGGCAUGUGCUGAGGGCUCUCUAACUUUUUAAUCUCGAGGAACCGCCAUUGGCUUAAAAUGGCAGCCAAAGAUUUCAUGUUGGUCGUGAUACCGACUUAAUGAGGAUGCAGACCUUAUACACGACAAGACACAUGCUGGGAGUGCUUGGCUCGUAGCUUUGUGUUAGUGAGUGGCUCCAGCCCACUGAAAUAGAUCUUAGAGGGGUAGUACAACGAUUUGAAUGUUGAAAGAAUUUGCAGCAUGUAUAUUUUAUAUUGUUUAUCUAGACACAAAACACAAAAAAGCGCCACCUUGCCCCAGGAAACUGCUAUUCUGCUGUGUAAUUGUGAAGGAAAAAAAACUAAUUAUUUGCCCAUCAGCAGCCGGGAUGGGCGGUUAUGAAAACUACGGUGGAACGUCACCUGGGUACACGCGGAAGUCAACAAAACCUGUCCCCCUCCACUGCUACACUCGCGGUCAGCCCCAAGGUGAACCGUCUUUAGCGUCGAUCGCUCGCCGCGACCUUCGGCUGUGCUAAUCCUCGAAAGGUCAACAUUUGCAGAGGAAGCGGCAGGGGGAUCUCAAGAGAGAACCUAACGGGAAAGCAAGUGGUCCCCCGGAGUAUGUCACUCGAAGGACGACGUGAAAGUUGACAGGCACUUUGACCUUUGGUUUGUUUCAUUUUUUUAAAUAAAAACUAGAGCGCGCAACAAUAGUGAAAGACGGGCUAGUUGCUACAUCGUUCCUUUUGACAAAAGCGCCACAAGACAAGGACAUAAAGUAAGAGACACAGCUGAACGUGUCCAAGGAGAACUUUGCGUCCUCGUCUUAUGCAUGCGCAAGAAAACACGGUUUGUCUGUUCUUCUUUCUAAAGGUGACGCAGAUUACUUCCCGCAGUUAAUUGGCUAAAGUCCGAAAAUCGUUGCACCGCCCCUUUAAACUUGGAGAACACUGCUUGGGAAAGGGUCGGUCGAGGAAAUUGCGGAGCUUAAGGAGUGCACGGGGUACUCUGGGGAAUCCAGUUUGAGAGCCCGUGGCAAAAGCAAAGAACUAGCGUCGAUCUAAAGCGGAGUGGCGGCCAUGCACAGUGGCGACGUCGCAACUUCUUGGCGUAGGCAGAGUUUUUGCAUCUUGCGGUGCUCUAGAACUCGCCAACGUAGAGUGGGCGCCGACCACCCGAAAUGCACGACACCUGGUGGCCGCCCCUAGAACUUGCCACAACGCCAAGUGCGUUCGUGGGAAGUCUCGCCGGUUCUCUCACCGUAGAUUAAUGGCGGUACAGGUUCCACGUUCGUGACUUCCGUGAGUCGUGCGGCAAUUGCAGUUUGCCUUCGUCUCUACGCGGGAUAACUCUGACGUUUGAGAGCACGCUCUUGCCCUCGCAGCGCUAAUUAAGGGGUUGGACGCGACGUGUCGCGCAUGCUUCGCCCGAUCGACGUGGCCUUGGCACUUUUCGUAUCUUCUACGACGCUACGUGCGCAGUCGACAAUCGUGCGUAGUCGAGGCAGCCCGGAGGCCGGUGAGUCGGAAUAACGGAAAAUUGACUCCAUCCGUUUUAAAAGGUGUCGGUAUAACCGCAUUUCUGCCCAUAUCUUUCUGUUUAAAACCACUGAAAAGACACGCUCGUGUGUACCGUAACAUUUCCACAAAGUCCUCUCUAAACUGAAAUGCAUAUGCAUUAAAAGAAAGUUUGCUUAAAGUCUGGGAAGGGGGUGCCUAAGCUAUUACGAUGAUGGGUUGGUCUGACAAACUAUACAAUCCACAGGGAAUCUCUUUUGGGCAGCCUGGCUGCACCAUGCAUUUGUCGCUUGCAAUGAUUCUUCCGCUGCAUUGAGUUCACGAUUGCCGUUUGCCUAUCUAUGAAGUGCUGCCACGUAUGGACUGUUCUAAACCUACCUGGGACUUUGCAGGUACACAUAUGCUGCUCUUUUCUUUUCUUUUUCGAAGGGUCGGAAAUUUUAUGUGCCCGACGAGCGACGGCAGUUUUAUUUCGAGGUUUUCUUACUUGGAGGUUUUGUUACGUUGACGAAACUGGGACUUCUUUUACAACAAAGUGUACACGGACGCUUGCCUCCCUGCUGGGUACACUUCUCCCCAGGCACCAGUGCGCUGCAGGGAACCGGCAGAUGGUGAAACAGUAACUGCGUUUGAUUUACCUGCAUUUCCUGCACCGGUGCACCUCCUGCACUGAUGCAGAAAAGUGUAGGGCAAUGUAUUUGUGGCAUGUGUGUUGAGAUAUGACCGGAAGUAGGCCACCCUACAUUUUUCUGCAUUGUUGCAGAAGGAGCAGGUAAAUCGAACCCAGCUAGUACAAUGUGGCGGUCAUAGCUUCAAAAUGGGAUGUGCAAAUAUCAAAACUUUUAAAUGUGAAUUAAUAUGAAUACACAGCAUAAAACCCUGGUGUUGAAUACUGAGAUGUGCAUAUUGAAUUUACCAACAGUUAGUCAAAAACUGGUAUGUACAGCAAACUGGACUCCAAUCUUCCUAAUUGUGGAAGUUUUAUUGACAAAAUAACCAUCAUUAGAUGUCAUUCUUAUUUGGAGAUAAAUCAAAUUUUGGGAAUGUUUUAUUCACAUAGUACAAAAUCUUUAGUAUUUGCAUGCCCAGUUCGAGAGUUCUGACCUUGCAUUUAAACUACCAUUAUUUGCCGUUCUAUCUUUGGGUGACUCAAGGUAACCAUUUGUGUUAUAGGCGUAAUGUCAUUAAUUGAUAUUGACAGUUAAACAGUAUUGUCUUCAUUUAAAGUGACUCAUAGUUUUACAUCUGCUUGUGUGACUAGCUCAAAUGAGGUGUUCUUCGUUCAGGGGAGAGAUACACUAUUAAAUUAAACCUACGAGGUUGCAGGUGGCAAAAGCUGCUGAGGCGUUGAGAUCACCUUUUUAACUUAUUAUGUUUUGCAUAAGGUAUGCUUUAAGAUGUCUGCCAUUAAAAAAAACAGUGCAAGCAGAUUUUUUUUUUCUUGUUUUGAGCGGUGGUUUGCCUUUCGCAUGACUACGAAGCAGCUAUGGUUGCUAUUGUGCCACUUUUUUUUUAUCUGCAGUUAUCCGGAUGCAUUGUGUGUGCAUUGAUGCGGGUUUUGCUGCAAGUGGCAUAUUGUAAGUGUUUACAAUAUGAAUUUUUAUUUUUUCUUCAUUUGUGAACAUUUUCAAAUUUUUAAUAAAGGUCAUUGCAUCGUGAA